AUGCUUGGGCUCUUCACAUCCCGCGCAACCAGCCUCUCCGCCGUCAGCAAGAGCAUGGAGGAGUCGAAACAGCAACCGCCACCAACGCCGCUUGAAGAGAGUCAGCCACAGACCUCGUCCGAGAUGCCCUCCUUGCCUCCUUCAGGAACGAUUGCGCACCCACGUUUCGACCGAGAGCCUUCUUUCGGAUCGACAAGGACCAGCACUGGCACCAACACGAGCUCUACAAGUGCAAGCACGGGGAGCGCCAUUCCGGACACCGCGCGCAGCACCACGAGCUUGUUCACCAGCCGCACCACGAAGUCCAUCCCGCGUGACCUUCAGCGGAAGCUUCUUGCCAAAAGUUUCCUUGAAGUCAAUGGGUUCAUGCAUGUCAACGAGGCGAAGCACUCCUGGGGUCGCACUCGCUAUCCCCUGCAUGUUGCCGUGCAGCAAAAGAAACCUGCAAUUGUGAGGGCUCUCCUCCGCCUUGGCGCGCGGCCCACGUGCAAAACCAACCGGGGCCUGACGCCGCAGGCACUGGCCAUGCGGCUUCAAAGUCGCUGGGGCGGGUACCAGGAGGUCUUGGACGUCUUCGAGGAACUCGGGGGCGAUCACGAAAUUCGUUUGCAACGCCGGGCGGUUACGACCAGCCAGCUCAGUGAUGGCUCCAUUGAUCGAACCGCAGACCUUUUGACAACAGCUCAGGCCAUAGACGAGACGCUGCGCUCUCUCGGCGUCCUCUCCAGAGGAGGCCCUGUGGCGAGUGCACGGCUGGAUUACAUGGCAGAGCAGCUGGAGGCCUUGCAGGAGCAGCUCGUUCGGGCACAGCCGGCUGGCACGCGGGGGUUGAAUCCCCGCAUUGAACAGCUCGAGGUCGCCACCAAGGUCAUGGAUGAGACCUAUCAGGCUCUGUCGUCGGAAAUGCUGCAGUUGCGUGAAGAUUUGCAAAAGCUCCGACGCUUACAGGCAUCCCAGGACACGCAGACAAGCACCCUGGAG